AUGUCUAACAAUCAUAAUCUACAAUAUGAUGGUACUUCAUUCAUCAUUGAUAUCACCAAUACCUUCUCAAAAGUCAGUUCUAAAUACACCAAUAGUGCAAAAAGAAGAUGGCGUUUUGCAUAUACAGCUAUUUAUUCUAGAAGGGUUAUGCUUUCCCUUGCAAGAGAAGUUAUAUCCAGAAAAAAUCCAAAACUCUUUCAUACACUGUCUUCUAGCACCACUCUUGAUGUAAUUGAACCGCUCAUUACUCGGCAUAACGGAGCCGAUCAUUAUUCGUUGGUUUCUCAUGAUGUUGAUAAGGCCAAGCUCGCUGAUAUGGUCAAGGACAAAAGCUUGAAGUCAUUAGGUGAGUUUGGCGGAGUUGAAGGAGUUGCUCGUGUUCUUGGAACGGUUCCGAAAAUGGGAAUUGUGGGAAGUGAUGAUGAUGUUUCGAGACGGAUUGAGUUGUUUGGUUCGAAUACUUACAAAAAGCCGCCCCCGAAAGGGCUUUUACAUUUCGUGCUUGAGGCUUUCAAUGAUACAACUAUUAUUAUUCUUCUGGUUUGUGCUGGUCUUUCCCUUGGUUUUGGCAUUAAGGAGCAUGGACCAGGGGAAGGUUGGUAUGAAGGUGGAAGUAUAUUUCUAGCGGUUUUUCUUGUGGUUGUUGUAAGUGCAUUAAGCAAUUUCAGACAAGAAAGACAGUUUCAUAAAUUGUCUAAGAUAAGUAAUAAUAUCAAAGUUAAAGCUGUGAGAAACGGAAGGCCGCAGAAUAUAUCGAUUUUUGAUGUUCUUGUGGGAGAUAUUGUGUCUCUCGAGAUUGGUGAUCAGAUUCCAGCUGAUGGAGUUUUUCUAUCAGGUCAUUCAUUGCAGGUGGAUGAGUCUAGCAUGACAGGUGAGAGCGACCAUGUAGAGAUUGAGCCUCUACGAGCGCCUUUUUUGUUGUCUGGCGCGAAAGUGGUGGACGGAUAUGCUCAGAUGCUUGUAACAUCUGUUGGGAAAAACACGUCGUGGGGUCAAAUGAUGAGCUCGAUAUCGCGAGACACUAACGAGAGGACGCCGCUGCAAGCUCGCCUUGAUAAGUUAACCUCUUCGAUUGGUAAGGUUGGACUUGCGGUAGCGUUUCUUGUACUUCUAGUAUUGUUGGUUCGUUAUUUUACAGGUAAUUCACAAGAAAAGAAAGGGAAUAAGAAGUUUCAAGGAAGUGAAAGCAGUGUAAACGACGUUAUGAAUUCUGUUGUGAGUAUUGUUGCGGCUGCGGUUACUAUUGUGGUUGUGGCAAUCCCUGAGGGUUUGCCUUUGGCCGUGACGCUCACGCUUGCGUACUCGAUGAAAAGAAUGAUGGCAGAUCAUGCCAUGGUGAGGAAACUUUCUGCUUGUGAAACUAUGGGAUCUGCAACAGUUAUCUGUACUGAUAAAACAGGUACAUUGACAUUGAAUCAAAUGAGGGUGACCAAGUUCUCUCUCGGCCUCGAAAAUUAUAUCGAAAAUUUUUCCAAUGCAAUGGCUCCAAAUGUUCUUGAGUUAUUCCACCAAGGGGUGGGCCUCAAUACAACCGGAAGCGUCUAUAAGCCGCCAUCAGGAUCCGAACCUGAAAUUUCAGGUAGUCCGACAGAGAAAGCGAUACUAAUGUGGGCGGUAUUGGAUUUAGGAAUGGACAUGGAUGAAAUGAAACAGAAACAUAAAGUCCUUCAUGUUGAAACGUUUAACUCGGAGAAGAAACGAAGCGGCGUUGCAAUAAGGAAGGACAGCGACAACCGAGUUCAGGUACAUUGGAAAGGAGCUGCAGAGAUGAUACUUGCAAUGUGCACAAAGUAUAUUGAUAGUAAUGGCGCGAGGAAGUCCCUCGACAAAGAAGAACAGUUUAAAAUCGAGAAGAUGAUUCAAGGCAUGGCUGCUAGUAGUCUAAGAUGCAUUGCUUUUGCUCAUACAGAAAUUUCAGAUUCAGAAGAUAACGAUUAUAUGAUCGAAAGAGAGAAAAAGACUCUACGAGAAGAUCGGUUGACAUUGCUCGGCAUUGUUGGCCUCAAGGAUCCUUGUAGACCAAACACAAAGAAAGCUGUGGAAACUUGCAAAGCUGCAGGAGUCGAAAUUAAGAUGAUCACCGGCGAUAACAUAUUCACCGCAAAGGCAAUAGCAACAGAAUGUGGAAUAUUAGAUCCUAAGGAUCAUGCAAAUGCUGGAGAAGUCGUCGAAGGGGUUGAAUUCAGAAACUAUACAGAAGAAGAGAGAAUGGAGAGGGUCGAUAACAUCCGAGUGAUGGCAAGAUCUUCUCCUAUGGACAAACUUUUGAUGGUGCAAUGCUUGCGAAAGAAAGGCCACGUAGUUGCGGUCACAGGCGACGGUACAAACGACGCACCUGCAUUAAAAGAAGCCGAUAUAGGACUCUCAAUGGGAGUCCAAGGAACCGAAGUCGCCAAAGAAAGUUCCGAUAUCGUUAUCUUAGAUGACAAUUUCAAUUCCGUCGCAACUGUUUUAAGAUGGGGAAGAUGUGUUUACAACAACAUCCAGAAAUUCAUUCAGUUUCAACUAACAGUCAAUGUCGCAGCGCUCGUCAUAAACUUCAUCGCAGCAGUUUCGUCCGGCGAUGUUCCCUUAACAACAGUUCAACUUCUUUGGGUGAAUCUCAUUAUGGACACACUAGGUGCUUUGGCACUAGCAACAGAAAGGCCUACAAAGGAGUUAAUGAAGAAAAAACCGAUCGGAAGAACCGAGCCUCUUAUCACAAACAUCAUGUGGAGAAACCUUCUAGCGCAAGCUACAUAUCAGAUCGCAGUUCUUCUCAUCAUGCAAUUCUACGGAAAAUCAAUCUUCAACGUAAGUAAAGAGGUUAAGGAUACUCUAAUUUUUAACACUUUUGUUCUCUGCCAAGUUUUCAACGAGUUCAACUCGCGAAGCAUGGAGAAACUAUACGUUUUCGAAGGCAUUCUGAAAAACCACCUGUUUCUCGGAAUUGUGGGGAUAACUAUUGUUCUUCAAAUCUUGAUGGUGGAACUGCUGAGAAAAUUUGCUGAUACAGAAAGAUUAACAUGGGAGCAAUGGGGAAUUUGCACCGGUAUCGCAGUUGUUUCAUGGCCUCUUGCUUGCAUAGUAAAGCUCAUACCUGUUUCAAAUCAACAUUCAUUCAAUUACACUAAGUGGGUUAAGUUAUUAGUCUUCAAGAUUAAGAAAGCAUUUUAA